AUGAGGGUGGUAGGUUUUGUACCCCCUCUGGAGCCGAGCCUGGCCACCAUAUUCGGGGUCAGGACAAAGACGGGUCCUCCUGUGAAGCAGCAGGAAGAGGACAAUGGUCGAUCUCCUGCCUUCUGCUACAACUGCUCCAGGAAAGGACACUUUGGACACGCGUGUACAAGGCAGAGGAUGUUCAACGGGGUGUUUGCCACCAUCCCUUUUAUCAACCACUAUGACUCUGUGGAGGACAUCAACCGCAGACAACACAGGAUCAAGUGGAGGGUUAAAGAAUUGAAGAAAAAUGGCUGUUUGUCCAACACCUGUGAGACCCCUGUCACACCAGGACCGCCAAAGAAGAAACAGAAAUUCAGCCACCACAAAAACAGCCACCAACAUAACAGUACGCCUCACCAAACCCCGAACAACCAUAGAGCCAGUGCUAGCCACAUCUUUUUUAGUGACAAUGACUUGAGGGACACGACCCCGAAAACAAAUAAGUUCAACAAGAACAAACCAGAGCAAAGCACUGGCAAUGUGAAAUCAUGGAAACCCAAGAGACCAGUCCCCCCAUCAAGACACCCACUCCCGUCAUCGAAACUCAGUUUUGAUGAAGCAGAUGACUUUCCCAGAGGAGGAGCCAAAGGAGAGAACAUGGAGAAGAAGAGCAGGAAGAAAAAGAUGAAGAAGACAAACAACGUCCAGAAUGAGGGACACAGAGACAACAGACCUGACCGUCUCUUUUUGACUGUAGCUGGUGCGAUUCAGGGGUCAAAGCAAGAGAACAGCAGGAAGAGGAGGAAUCGAGCCCGAAGCCUCGCCAACAAAAACAAAAAAAAUGCAUCGAAGUAUCCAACCGAUGAGAACCUGUUCAUCAUCAAACAGAGGAAACGCAGAAGAUAGCCUCAGUGUGAGGGGGGUGUGGGUGUCAAGAGGCUGUCAGGGCUGUGAUCCAAAUGAUCAGUGAUGAUAAUGUCUGUUCACAUGACUCAGACCUCAAAGCUCAGUUCUCAGUCACCAGUUCUGCUUAUGGUGCACAUUUGGACAUGUCAUAACAGGAAGAGCACAGAUGGACAUGAUAAGAUUAAUAAUGGCUGGGACAUUUGAUUAGAUUGGAGACGAGUAUUAAAGGUCAUGGCCUCAUUCUGUGGAGAAAUUUGAAUGUUUCUUUGAAAGUUUUUUUUUUCUGUUCCCAUCUUUCCACCGCAGCUGAACUGGGUGAGACUUGUCAGGAAAACUCUCUUUAAUGGCAGUAGAUGUGGAAGAUAAUGAACCUAUUUGAUUUGUCCAACUCAGACUGAAGUUUUAGACUUCAAUACAUUUCUAGACAAAAUGAGGACUGCAGAUUUUGUUUCCUCAUUUGUAGUAUGAACAUGACAAAAUAAACAUCAAGCAAACAUUUUUUCCGCACUGAUCAACCAAAGGGUGAAAAAAUACUUUAAAUUAAAGAAUAAGAAGUAAAUCACAUGACUAAUGCUUCAAAACAGGCCAUGGACACUCAACAUCUGUCACAAUAAAUCUAGAAAUCCCCUCUGUGAUUAGCCAGAUUGAAGUCUAAUUUGAAAAAUGCUGGACAUAUCCUAAACUCUGUGCUAAUCUUUAUUACUUAUACCUGUGCUUUUCCUACAUGACCAGGUACCUCUGUGUUCUUGAGUUUGAACCUGAACUCGGAGCUGCCUUUUCAUGUUUCACCCUGUGGUAAAUGUGAAUUUAUAUACAGCACCUGUUGAACAUGAGGCAUGGAUUCAUGACCUCUCAGUGUUUCGGUCACUGAUCUACAGAGGAGGAGGUAGACAUUUUAGUACCAGGAGUUCAUGCAGUUAGUUCAACAAUAAUUUGUUCAAUAACAACAUUAAAAUUCUAAUAGACAUAAAGAGAGAAUACUACUUCAAUGGAUAAUCGAAAGGAUAAUGGUUAGAAUAAGCUGUAGCCAUUAUAGUAUUCUUUCAGUUUGUUUGUCCACAUUAAUUUCUCCACUUUGUGAAUUUGAAUAAAAGCAGACGGCUCACUGAAGUCCA